AUGCAGAAAUAUGAAAAACUUGAGAAAAUUGGAGAAGGUACAUACGGGACAGUUUUUAAAGCUAAAAACAAAGAGACUCAUGAAAUAGUCGCCUUGAAGAGAGUUAGACUCGAUGACGACGAUGAAGGAGUGCCAUCAUCGGCAUUACGUGAGAUAUGUCUCUUAAAAGAACUGAAGCAUAAAAAUAUUGUUCGAUUAUACGAUGUUCUACACAGCGAAAAGAAGUUGACACUAGUUUUUGAACAUUGCGACCAAGACCUAAAGAAAUACUUUGAUAGUUUAAAUGGUGAAAUAGAUUUGGAUGUAGUAAAGUCAUUCAUGUAUCAGCUGCUACGAGGGUUAGCUUUCUGCCACAGUCACAAUGUACUUCAUCGGGAUCUAAAACCUCAAAAUCUAUUGAUCAACAAAAACGGAGAACUAAAAUUAGCAGAUUUUGGCCUAGCUAGAGCUUUUGGCAUUCCAGUCAAGUGUUAUUCAGCAGAAGUGGUUACUCUUUGGUAUCGUCCACCUGAUGUUUUAUUUGGAGCAAAACUUUACACAACAAGUAUAGAUAUGUGGUCUGCCGGUUGCAUAUUUGCAGAACUAGCUAACUCUGGCAGGCCUCUAUUUCCAGGCUCUGAUGUUGAUGACCAGCUAAAAAGGAUUUUUAAGCUACUAGGAACACCAAAUGAAGAUACAUGGCCUGGAGUAACUCAGCUGCCAGAUUAUAAGCCAUUACCAGUUUACCAACCUAGCUUGGGUCUUGCUCAAGUUGUGCCCAGAUUGUCUGCUCGUGGGAGAGAUCUUCUGGCUCGUCUACUUACUUGCAACCCAGCAUUACGAAUGCCAGCUGAUGAUGCAAUGGCACAUGCUUACUUUCAUGAUUUGAAUCCUUCUGUGAAGAAUGACAGGUGUUAA